AUGAACGUUAGGAAAUUACAAGGAGAGAUUGAUAAGACUAUUAAAAAAGUAGGAGAUGGAGUAAUAGAAUUUGAUUCUAUAUUGAAAAAGGUUUAUUCAGCAACUAGUAGCAAUCAAAGAGAAAAGUAUGAAGGUGAUUUGAAAAAGGAGAUUAAAAAGUUACAAAGAUAUAGAGAUCAAAUCAAAGGUUGGAUAAGUAACAAUGAAGUUAAAAAUAAAACUCCUCUUGUUGAUUGUAGAAAAUUAGUUGAACAAAAAAUGGAACAAUUUAAAGUAUGUGAAAAAGAAUCAAAAACUAAAGCAUAUUCAAAAGAAGGAUUGGGAGGUGCCAUUGCAAAGGAUAGUGAUACAAAGAUUCAAGUUAGAUAUUGGACAAGCAAAGCUAUAUCGAAUUUGAAAACACAGAUUGAUCAAUUUGAAACCGACAUUGACAAUAUACAAAAUGCACAACGCAAGCGAAAGACUGAUAGUUCUGGGAAGCUUGAAGUCAUUCAAAAGCAUCUUGAACGUCAUAAACACCAUUACAGGGCACUCGACUAUUUGGCCCGUGUCAUGGAAUCGGAUCGUGUCGCUGCCGAUGAAAUCGAUCGACUAAAGGAAAGUGUAGAAUACUAUAUCGAAAACUAUGAAGAUGAAAAUUGUGAAGAACCAGACGAUAUCUAUGGUGGUUUUAAUCUAAAAAUCACUGAAGAUGGUGAUGAAUAUGAUAUCACUAUCGAUGAAUCUGAAUCUGAUAUCGAUGAUGAUGAUGAUAUUGAUGAUUCUUCAGAUGAAACUACAAAUGAAGAUAAUGAUGAAAUUAAUAAUAACUUGAAUUUAAUUGGAGAUGAUGGAAAUUAUAAUAUUUCUUCUGUAAAAGAUAUUAAACCACCUCAAAAUAUUUCUACUCCUCCUCCUCUAAUUAAUAAUAGUAGUAUUGGUAGUAGUAGUAGUAUUGGUAGUAGUAGUAGUAUUGGUAGUAGUAGUAAUAAUCCUAGAAUGCCAUCACCAACAACAGUUUUACAACAACAACAACAACCAACUUCUAGAAAUUCACCAUCUCCAACUAUAUUAUCAAAUCCUUCUGUUGUAGCCAUUCCACAACAAUCAAAUCAUAAUGUACAAUCUAAACAAUCAAAUGUAAAUGUUAAACAACAACAACAACAACAACAACAACAACAAUUGCAACAACAACCUUUGACACCAAAUACAAUGUAUCCAUCAUCUUUGGGUAAUAUUCCAAUGUCUCAAAGAUUACAACAAGCUCAAAUUCAACAACAGCAACAACAACAACAACAGUUACAACAACAACAAUUGCAACAACAACAACAACAACAACAAUUACAUCAAAACAAGGAUGCACAAAUUCAAAUGAUGCAACAAUUAAUUCAACAACAACAAUUACAACAACAACAACAACAAUAUGGAGGAAUGAGAAAAUCUCAACCAUCUUAUCAACAACAACCAAGAUCUUCAAUGGAUGAUUUAAAUGAAUUAAAAGAUGGAAUGUCACAAAUUAAUCUUGGUAAACAACACAUUUCACCACCUCAUUCUUCUCCACCAAUCUAUGAUCAAAGUGGUAAUAUUAUUGGUGGUAGCGGUGAUGAUACCAAAAACAAUGAAACUUUUGAUUCUGGUUCAAAUUUCUAUCCUGGUACUUUGGCUGAAUUAUCAUCUGCUACCAUGUCUAGAAUUGGUACAAAUGAUAACAGUAGUAAUCAAAUGUUACAUCAACAAAUGUUAUUACAACAACAACAAUUACAAUUACAACAACAACAACAACAACAAUUGCAACAUCAACAAUUACAUCAAGCUCAACAAGUUCAACAACAACAACAGUUACAUUUUCAACAACAACAACAACAACAACAAGCUCAACAAGGUAAUCUUGAAAAUUCAAUUAGACAAUAUGAAGAUAAUCUUUCAAUAACUAGAAUAAUGAUGGAAACUAGUUUUAAAAAUUUACCAGAUUAUAAAGAUUAUGAAAGAUUGCCACCAUAUAUGCCAAAAACACAAAAAUUACAAACACCAAAUUAUUAUCCUCAACAUCCAUUACCAUUAUUUGAGAAUCCAAUUGUUUAUGAAAAGUUUGAUAUCGAUACAUUAUUUUUCAUCUUUUAUUUUAAACAAGGAACCUAUCAACAAUUCUUGGCAUCGAGAGAAUUGAAAAAACAAGGUUGGAGAUAUCACAAGAAAUACCUAACUUGGUUUAGAAGACACGAAGAACCAAAAUACAUUACAACCGAAUAUGAACAAGGAACUUAUGUCUACUUUGACUAUGAAACUGGUUGGUGCCAAAGAAAGAAAACUGAAUUUACUUUUGAAUAUAGAUAUUUAGAAGAAUAA